AUGCCGUUUGAUCUACCACAACUACCAGAAAAUGUGAUUCUUGAAGUUUUGCGGAAUCUAGAGUUUCGAGAAAUAAUCCUCUUCUCUCUACUCUCCACCAACUCCAGAAAACGUGUUUCCUCUCUUCAAAUCAAAGCAAGUCACAUCAACAUGUUCUUCCAUGCAACCCCAAAAAUCCGCUGCUCAUUUCCCAACCCUUCUCUUCCUCGGAUAACAUUUGAACUUCCCGCCGCUCUAUGGAAAGUCUCCUUUAAAAACUAUCCUGCAUCAUUCAAACUAUCCGGUAUUCAACGUGGCAAAUGUGAAAGGAUCUUUACGGGAUGCUUAAAGAGCGGAGACCUUUUCGAGCAUUUAUACCGGAUUUUUAACUAUCGGAGAGAGAAACACGUGGUUUUCUAUCCAGGAUGCCAGAAGGUGAAUCCGGAUCUGAUCUUCAAGGAUAUUGGAGACGUUCCAUCAAUCAUUAUCACUGCUGGUAGUCAGAAUGACAACGCCAGACGAGUGCUCAAAACUUUCAAAAGGAUUAAUAAGCUAUGUUUGGAAAUCAAUCCAUUUGAAGAUCCAAAUGACUUGCAAACGCUGUUAACUCGAAAUUUCUACAGUCUAACUUUAUCAAAUUCAAUGAUAAUUCUAAGAUUAGAAGACCUGCUGAUGAUCAACGCCGUUCACUGCAGUCUCAUCGGAUGCCGAAUAGAACUACGGACUAUCAAUCGAUUCUUUAAAUUAUGGCUAGCCGGUUCGAAUCCACGAUUGGCUCAUUUGAAAAUUGAAUUUCCUGAACCUAUUCCAAAUCCAUGGAUGAGUAUUUGCGGGAUAUGGUAUCAGAGAAUACCUGAGGAUCAGGAGAGGGUCGUGGAUACAGUUGGAGAGGUUUUAUGGCAGAAUCGGAUUCAUGGAGGGUUUGAUGUUCGGAGAAGGGAUGGAAGGAAGGCAACGUUUCGGAUUACGAGUACGGCGAUUCGACUUUUUGUAUGGAUGAGAUAG